AUGGUUGCAGUGCGCUCGCCAUUGCAGCUUUACACAAAUCACCUUGUCCUCUUUCUUAUCACCUUCGGGUUUGUCGCUGUGAAGGUCAUCUUGAAACUUGUGGUUGACCAUAUGUCAAAGAGUGAAAUGACCUUCAUAGAUUCAGUUUUGGUUGGUCCAUUUGCCCUCUUCUUUAAUCAGUACUUCAACUGUCCAAUUCCGGAGUCCUUUGUACUCUGGUGCUGCUGUAUUCUCGCUGUUGCUGAUGUGCUGCUCUACUCCUCGAAUGUUUGCAUACAGAUAGCAGAUUACCUUAACAUCUACAUAUUUCGAGUGGACAAACCACCUCUGCUUCUAGUGCGGCAGCCGUCGCAGUUGCAGCAGCAGCAACUGGAUGUGAACGUCGGCUCUUCGAUGCCCGCUUCCUCUCGAAUGCGCCGCCUUCGCUCUGAUCAGGGUCAGACGGUGCUGUACGACGAGGAUGUCUCGUAUGCCAAUCGCUAA